AUGGAGGACCUGAGAUCCGCUAGAGAUCUCAUUGAUAAGGGCGCGUUCAUGGCUAACCUAGACUUGGAGGAUGCGUAUUUCCUGAUCCGGGUAAAAAGAUCCUCUAGAAAAUACCUUAGAUUCAGGUUCAAAGGCCAGCUUUAUCAAUUCAUGUGUCUUCCUUUUGGCUUGUGUUCUAGCCCUCAUACUUUUACAAAAAUAAUGAAACCGGUGGUUAAUAAACUUAGGUCAAAAGGCAAAGAUUACGAAGCUUGUAAGAAUAAUGUACAGAAUACGAUAGGCCUCUUAGAGGAGCUUGGUUUUAUCAUUAACUAUCGUAAGAGUACGACGACUCCUAAUAGAAGGUGCGUAGAGUAUGGCAGAGCAUAUUGCAAAAGAUUAGAAAGAGCUAAGUGGUUAGCUCUUACGUUGAAUAAUAAUGACUUUGAGGGUUUUAUGACAAUAAAUGCGGGCGUUUUGGAGGAUCUUCAAUGGUGGAGAGAUAAUAUAAUGAGCGCUAACAGCAGAAUAAAGUCUCACAAAUAUAGCAUAGUGAUAACUUCGGAUGCUUCAAGGACAGGCUGGGGAGCGGAAGCUGGAGGUGUUGUUACAAGGGGUUUUUGGAAUCCAGAGGAUCAGAAGCACCACAUUAAUUAUCUGGAACUUUACGCAGCUUUCUUCGCGCUUAAAUGUUUUGCUCACGAGUUACGCGACCGCGAAGUCCUUCUUCGUAUAGAUAAUACAACAGCGAUCGCUUACGUCAAUAAAGCUGGCGGAAUUAGGCAUCCAAAGUUAUCAGAUCUAGCUAGAGAGAUUUGGCAAUGGUGUCAAUUAAGAGGAAUUUGGCCAAGGGCAACAUAUAUUCCAUCGAAGCUGAAUGUAGAAGCAGAUGCCGCUUCCAGAGUGGAAAACCUGGACACCGAGUGGGAAUUAUCCAGGGAAGCCUUCCGAACCGUAUUGGACACCUUUGGUUUGCCUUCGAUUGAUCUCUUUGCAUCGCGUAUUAACAGGAAGUGCGUAAGAUUCUAUUCGCGUUAUCCAGAUCCAGAUGCAGAAUCAGUAGACGCGUUUACGGCAGGAGUGUCACCCCCUAGCGAACAAGUUGUCACUAGUGGUCGGCAAAUUAUCCGGCAGGCCUUUGUCACCAAGGGCAUCGGAGAGGAAUCAAUAGACAUCAUGCUCAGUUCUUUGUCAGAGUCAACGAUUAAGCAGUAUGAGGGAACAUUGAAGAAAUGGCUAGUUUUUACUCAAGCAAGGAAUAUCGAUGCCUUUAAUCCCCAGAGUACGGAGGAACAACCUCUCAAAGGACUCCUUAUUAUCGAGGUUCAUCCGGGGGACAUUCAAGAAGAGACCAUCGCGACCGAAGUACUCCGAUACCUGGGAUACAGACCAGGUCCUGACAUAUAUUGA